AGCCCGGAGCUGGGGGCUGCUGGCGAGCGGCUCUCUCCGCUCCUUAGCUCGGGCGUCCUGGUUCGCUUCGGCGUCCGCCGUCUCCGCCGCUGCCUCCUCUUUCUCCUUCGCCACCACCGCCGCCACCCGCAGCACCGCAGCCCCUCCCGCCAUGGCCGCCGCCGGCGCCCGGCUCAGCCCCGGCCCCGGCUCGGGGCUCCGGGGGCGGCCGAGACUCCGCUUCCACCCCGGGCCGCCGCCACUGCCGCCGCUGCUGCUGCUGUUCCUGCUCCUGCUGCCGCCGCCGCCGCUGCUGGCCGGCGCCACCGCCGCUGCCUCGCGGGAGCCCGACAGCCCGUGCCGGCUGAAGACGGUCACGGUGUCCACACUGCCCGCCCUGCGGGAGAGCGACAUCGGCUGGAGCGGCGCCCGCGCCGGGGCCGGGUCUGGGACCGGGGCCGGAGCCGCCGCCGCCGCGUCGCCGGGCUCUCCUGGCUCUGCCGGCACCGCCGCGGAGUCGCGCCUCCUGCUCUUUGUGCGUAACGAGCUGCCGGGGCGCAUCGCGGUGCAGGACGAUCUGGACAACACCGAGCUGCCCUUCUUCACCCUGGAGAUGUCUGGCACAGCGGCGGACAUCUCGCUGGUGCACUGGAGACAGCAGUGGCUGGAGAAUGGCACCUUGUACUUCCACGUCUCCAUGAGCAGCUCCGGGCAGCUGGCCCAAGCCACCGCCCCCACUCUCCAGGAGCCCUCGGAGAUUGUUGAGGAGCAGAUGCACAUCCUCCACAUUUCUGUGAUGGGUGGCCUCAUCGCACUACUGCUGCUGCUGCUGGUGUUCACCGUGGCGCUCUACGCCCAGCGACGUUGGCAGAAGCGUCGCCGCAUCCCCCAGAAGAGCGCAAGCACAGAAGCCACUCAUGAGAUCCACUACAUCCCAUCUGUGCUGCUGGGUCCCCAGGCGCGGGAGAGCUUCCGUUCCUCCCGGCUGCAAACCCACAAUUCCGUCAUCGGCGUGCCCAUCCGGGAGACUCCCAUCCUGGAUGACUAUGACUGUGAGGAGGACGAGGAGCCACCUAGGCGGGCCAACCAUGUCUCCCGCGAGGACGAAUUUGGCAGCCAGGUGACCCACACUCUGGACAGUCUGGGACGUCCAGGGGAAGAGAAGGUGGACUUUGAGAAGAAAGCAGCAGCUGAGGUGACUCAGGAGACAGUGGAGUCCCUGAUGCAGAAGUUCAAGGAGAGUUUCCGCGCUAACACGCCCAUCGAGAUCGGUCAGCUGCAACCAGCCCUGCGCAGCACGUCGGCAGGAAAGAGGAAGCGGAGGAGCAAGUCUCGAGGGGGAAUCAGCUUUGGGAGAGCCAAGGGGACGUCGGGCUCUGAGGCAGAUGAUGAAACGCAGCUGACGUUCUACACGGAGCAGUACCGCAGUCGCCGCCGCAGCAAAGGUUUGCUGAAAAGCCCAGUGAACAAGACAGCCCUGACACUGAUUGCUGUGAGCUCCUGCAUCCUGGCCAUGGUGUGUGGCAGCCAGAUGUCUUGUCCACUCACUGUGAAGGUGACUCUGCAUGUGCCCGAGCACUUCAUAGCAGAUGGAAGCAGCUUCGUGGUGAGUGAAGGGAGCUACCUGGACAUCUCCGACUGGUUAAACCCGGCCAAGCUUUCCCUGUAUUACCAGAUCAAUGCCACCUCCCCAUGGGUGAGGGACCUCUGUGGACAAAGGACGACAGAUGCCUGUGAGCAGCUCUGCGACCCAGAAACCGGAGAGUGCAGCUGCUAUGAAGGCUAUGCCCCUGACCCUGUUCACAGACACCUGUGUGUGCGCAGUGACUGGGGACAGAGUGAAGGACCUUGGCCCUACACGACACUUGAGAGGGGCUAUGAUCUGGUGACAGGGGAGCAAGCCCCUGAAAAGAUUCUCAGGUCUACUUUCAGCUUGGGCCAAGGCCUCUGGCUUCCUGUCAGCAAAAGCUUUGUGGUUCCGCCGGUGGAGCUGUCCAUCAACCCCCUGGCCAGCUGCAAGACUGAUGUGCUCGUCACGGAAGACCCUGCAGACGUCAGGGAAGAAGCGAUGCUGUCCACAUACUUUGAAACCAUCAAUGACCUGCUGUCCUCCUUCGGGCCAGUUCGUGACUGCUCUCGGAACAAUGGGGGCUGCACUCGCAACUUCAAGUGUGUAUCUGACCGGCAGGUGGACUCCUCAGGAUGUGUGUGCCCCGAGGAGCUGAAACCCAUGAAGGAUGGCUCCGGCUGCUACGACCACUCCAAAGGCAUUGACUGCUCUGAUGGUUUUAAUGGCGGCUGUGAGCAGCUGUGCCUGCAGCAGACGCUGCCUCUGCCCUACGAUGCCACUUCAAGCACCAUCUUCAUGUUCUGCGGUUGCGUGGAGGAGUACAAACUGGCUCCUGAUGGAAAAUCCUGCUUAAUGCUCUCAGAUGUCUGCGAGGGCCCCAAGUGCCUCAAACCUGACUCCAAAUUCAAUGAUACCCUCUUUGGAGAAAUGCUACAUGGUUACAACAACCGGACCCAGCAUGUGAACCAAGGCCAAGUCUUCCAGAUGACCUUUAGGGAGAACAACUUCAUCAAGGACUUUCCCCAGCUGGCCGACGGGCUGUUGGUGAUCCCGCUGCCGGUGGAGGAGCAGUGCCGGGGGGUCCUCUCCGAGCCCCUCCCGGACCUCCAACUGCUCACUGGAGAUAUCAGGUAUGACGAGGCCAUGGGUUACCCCAUGGUGCAGCAGUGGCGGGUCCGGAGCAACCUCUACCGUGUGAAACUCAGCACCAUCACCCUCUCAGCAGGCUUCACUAACGUUCUCAAGAUCCUGACCAAGGAGAGCAGUCGGGAGGAGCUGCUGUCCUUCAUCCAGCACUAUGGCUCCCACUACAUCGCAGAGGCCCUUUAUGGCUCAGAGCUCACCUGCAUCAUCCACUUUCCCAGCAAGAAGGUCCAGCAGCAGCUGUGGCUCCAGUAUCAGAAAGAGACCACAGAGCUGGGCAGCAAGAAGGAGCUCAAGUCCAUGCCCUUCAUCACCUACCUCUCAGGUUUGCUGACAGCCCAGAUGCUGUCAGAUGACCAGCUCAUUUCAGGUGUGGAGAUUCGCUGUGAAGAGAAGGGGCGCUGUCCAUCUACCUGUCACCUUUGCCGCCGGCCAGGCAAGGAGCAGCUGAGCCCCACACCAGUGCUGCUGGAAAUCAACCGUGUGGUGCCACUUUAUACCCUCAUCCAAGACAACGGCACAAAGGAGGCCUUCAAGAGUGCACUGAUGAGUUCUUACUGGUGCUCAGGGAAAGGAGAUGUGAUCGAUGACUGGUGCAGGUGUGACCUCAGCGCCUUUGAUGCCAGUGGGCUCCCCAACUGCAGCCCCCUUCCGCAGCCGGUGCUGCGGCUGUCCCCGACAGUGGAGCCCUCCAGUACUGUGGUCUCCUUGGAGUGGGUAGAUGUUCAGCCAGCUAUUGGGACCAAGGUUUCCGACUAUAUUCUGCAGCAUAAGAAAGUGGAUGAAUAUACAGACACUGACCUGUACACAGGAGAAUUCCUGAGUUUUGCUGAUGACUUACUCUCUGGCCUGGGCACAUCUUGUGUAGCAGCUGGUCGAAGCCAUGGAGAGAUCCCUGAAGUCAGUAUCUACUCGGUCAUCUUCAAGUGUCUGGAGCCUGACGGUCUCUACAAGUUCACUCUGUAUGCUGUGGAUACACGAGGGAGGCACUCAGAGCUAAGCACGGUAACCCUGAGGACGGCCUGUCCACUGGUAGAUGACAACAAGGCAGAAGAAAUAGCUGACAAGAUCUACAAUCUGUACAAUGGGUACACAAGUGGAAAGGAGCAGCAGAUGGCCUACAACACCCUGAUGGAGGUCUCAGCCUCGAUGCUGUUCCGAGUGCAGCACCACUACAACUCUCACUAUGAAAAAUUUGGCGACUUCGUCUGGAGAAGUGAGGAUGAGCUGGGGCCCAGGAAGGCCCAUCUGAUUCUACGGCGGCUGGAGAGGGUGAGUAGCCACUGCUCCAGCCUCCUGCGGAGUGCCUACAUCCAGAGCCGUGUGGAAACGGUGCCCUAUCUUUUCUGCCGCAGCGAGGAGGUCCGGCCUGCAGGCAUGGUGUGGUACAGCAUCCUCAAGGACACCAAAAUCACGUGUGAGGAGAAGAUGGUGUCAAUGGCCCGGAACACGUACGGGGAGUCCAAGGGCCGGUGAGGGAGGGUAUUGCCCUCCGUGAGCACAGAGACUCUCCAUGGGAGGGGGAGCAGUAUUCUCCUGGAUCCUGGGGCCUGGGUGGGCUGGGGGACAGCUGAGGAUGGGCCUAGCAGAUGAAACUUGCCAGCAAGGCCAAAGCAAAUGGUUUCUCCUGUGGAUAGUGGACAGAGACCUUUGAAUUAUUCAUUUUUCUCUAUCUUUUAUUUUUUCAAAGAUAUUAUUUGACUCUAUCAAAAGUCUCUCCUUUUUAAACCUUUUCUUAUGGAUGGCUGUCAAUCCUGAGGCAGAAGUUUUCAGGUGGAGACCAAGCGGCCUUUGCUCUUCUUCCUCCUUCCUGCCACACUCUGCUUUCUUCCUGCCAUGGACCCCUGGAGGAGACCUAUGGAGGGACAGUUUUGACCUGACCCCUAGAGGACACAGUUUUGACCUCUUCAGCACCAGGAAGGAAGCUCUGAGGAUGGUUGCAGUGAGGAAGCAUGGGUCUUUAAGGACUUCUCUCUCUUUUUUGCUGGACAUUAUUGAGUUUGUGGGACCCUGCCUCUUCCUGCUACCUGUGAGUCUGCCCAGAGUCCCCUGCAGGCCUGUCCAUGCAUUAAAAAUUCCUAUUGUCUCUCUU